AAAGAAGAAGAAUUUAACCUUUGUGAAUAGCUUACAUCUAAAUAGUGCUAAGUAUAUUAUUAAUUCUAUUAUUAAUAGAAAUUAUUUAUAUGUGCGGUCGUCAUUGAAUAUAUAUAUAAAGAAUUGGGAAUAAAUGUUUACUAGGAGGGACCAGUUAAUUCAACGCACUGGAGAGUUUGGUGUUGGACGAUAUGAUUUUUUAAAACAACUCAUAAACGAAUUCACCAAAACAACUGUUUAUGAAAACAAAAGGCAGACAUUGGCAAACCUAGCUAAUUUCGCAUAUGAUCCAAUAAAUUAUAAUUUUAUCAAACAACUUCAUGUUAUUGACCUAUUCUUAGCCGAAUUAUCAAACGGUGACGAGGAACUCAUACAUUUUGCUCUCGGUGGACUUUGUAAUAUUGCUUGUGAUCCAGAAAGUCGGGAUUAUAUUGUAGCUCUUAAUGGUAUAAAACUAAUUUCCGACCUAUUACUCCACGAUAAUGAAGAAAUAUCUCUAAACGCUCUUACAACACUUUUUUACUUAUUUGAGUCACAUAACAUUGUGAUACCCAAUGACUUGAAAUCUACUGUAAUGCAGUAUGAGUCAAGCAAUAAUCGACGAUUUAAAAAUUUGGGCUCAGUUUUUCUUCAAACGUAUUUGGAUAACGGGAAAUAACAAAAGAUGAAUAUAUAUCAAAUAAUUAGAAGAUCAUCUAAUUUGGCGGCAAAAAAAUAUUACAUUGGACAAGAAGCAUCUAUUACAAGGAAAAUAAGAAAAGAAGAUGUUGAUAAUUUUGCACUUCUAAGUGGUGAUAUAAACCCAAUUCAUUCGACUACAACGUCACAGACGGCUGUGGUACAUGGUGCUUUGUUAAAUUCGAUUGUUUCAGGUGUGAUAGGGACACGGUUACCUGGUUUCGGAGCAGUUGUUGUUCAACAAACUUUACAUUUUCCAAAUAAGUGUUACGUGGAUGAAACUGUUAAAGUGACCAUUAAAUUAGUUGAAAAUAGAAAAAUUAUGAAAGUGGAAUUUAGCUGUAGUGUUACUGACAGUGAUAAAGUUGUCUUAUUUGGUACAGCUAAAUUAGUUAUGAACAAAUAAAUACAAUUUAUAAUUAAAUAAACUUAUUAGUGGGAACUUGAAAAUGAAAUAUUGUAAAUGAGCCAAAAUUAAUGAUUUUAGAAAAUCUUGUGCUGUCUUGUGGGUUACAAUGUAUUGUAAUAAAACAAAAUAUAAUCUGAAGAUAU